ACCUAAUCCUACAAUUAAAAUUGAGUCGAAAAUUCUUUAUAUAAAUAUCUACUAUCUAAAAUUUCGAAAAAAUAUAUUAACAAGUCUUCAUUUUCUUUCAUGAUCUUCCUUAUUCUUUUCGGUCUUCUAGAAUAAUCCACAACUUUCUUGGGGCAAAAGCAAGGUUGUCAACCCGCGGGUUGACCCGGACCGGGUGGAGCUAGUGGGUCAACGGUCAAUGGGUCACCCGUUUUAGCCCGAAAAUAUGGAAAGAGUCAUUAUAUUGUACUUAUCCUAAUAAAUUAUAUCAAAUAUCAUCUAACAUAUGAGUUAUAACAUAUAAUAUUCCACCAAAAUAACAUGUCGUACUUAGAUCCAACAUAUAGUGAAAAUUCACACACACUUAUAUAACAUAUAUAUUCAAAUGUUCAACUUAGGAUUCCAAAGAUGGAGUUAGGCGAAAAGAAAACUUGGAAAAUAGGCGCAGAAAAAAUGACACAAUUUGACCUCCAACCCGAUACCUUAUAGUGGUUAGGGGUGUUCAAAUGGUUACCAUGGUUAUUACCAAACCAAAUAAGGCUAGAUUUCAUUAACCAUGGAAUACAAUAUCAUAACCAAACCGUCCAAACUAAUACAACAACCAAAUUAACCAAACUAAAGUUUAAUCGGUUUUGUUAAUUGGUUAACCAGAUUAACAAAUAUAAAAUCACAUUAUCAUUAAGUGAGAAAAUUUUCGGUUAAUUUAUCAAUUCAAAAUUUAUAUAAUGAAUAAAACAUAACAAUCAACACUUGGUUAUAGUUGACCUUUAACAUAAAUACAUGCAACUAAGACAAUUAUCUUACGGUUAGUAUAGAAGUAUUCACCUAGCAAAAAUUUAUCACAAUGAUAUGAGUUAAUGAAUUGUUGUGUUUGUAUGAAUUGACUAGUCUUUUAGCAAUUUUCAUAGGUUGAAAAGGACCUUGCUUUCAAGUUUUCAUCCAACAUAAUGUAUGAGAUUUAUCCAAAUUAGGCGUUCAUAUGUUGUGGUCUACACUCUACAUAUACAAAUAUACAUUAUAGGAAUAAUAUCAAGCUUUAUAUUUUAUGAAAAGAGAUGAACGUUUAACUCUUGAGUGCUUAUUCAAAGUAUUAAGUAUGUGUAUAUAUUAUGUACAUGACUAAUUAUUUAUCUGGUUAAUUUGGUUUGACUGGUUAGGAGUGUAUGAAACCAAACCAAACCACCUAAACCAAACAAGCUAAAAACUUUAACCAAACCAAACAAAUUAUCCAAAUUAACCAAACCAAAUUAUCCAAAUAGUACUGGUUAAAACGGUUACCAUGGUAACCACACCGUUUGAACACACCUAAUAGUGGUCGACCCAACAAAUGCACGCGACUCAUUUUUCUCAUCGGGUCAAGGUCAAAGUGAGUCGACCCGCAGGUUGACAAUAUUGGGCAAAAGGUUGAAGCUCCACUGUGAAAAUGACCACUGGAUCGAAGGUCCAAAAUUUCCAGAAACGAGAUUUAAAAUGUCAUAAAUUGAAGCAGGGCAAAAUAUCAAUUUCUGGCUGGAAAAUGAGAGAAAACGGCGGUCUCUUGAUUUUUCCGUUACCGCCAUUACUCCAUCUCCGGAAUACGAAAUAAUCGAAAACCCAUUCCCUUUCUUCUCUUCCCCUUCCCAAUAAAAAGAAUAACCAAUGUACUAGUAAGACUAGAAACCCUAGAGAAACCCGACUGACCUCGUCAAAUCUAUUCCAAUUCAAAAUUUUUCCAACCCCUCCAAAUCGAAUCCAAGAUGAAGUCAAAGCGGAAAUCAUCUGUCAACGCCAAUAAUCAGCUGUCCCCAAAUGACGCUGCGGCGGCUGGCGAUCAGGGUCAAGCUGGCGGCGGCCUGGCGGGACCGGCAAGAGACGACGAGAUUGCAGCGAAUCGAGAUGGGGAUGACGACAAGCAGGAGAAACCCGAGGAGGUAGUAGUAGAAGAUGGAGAAAGAGAAGGCGAAGAGGAAAAUGAUGACGAGGAAGAAGAAGAAGAAGCAGCUGCUGGAGAAGAAGCGGGGGCGGAGGAUGAGGAGCAGGGUGGAGGUCAAGAUGAACGGCCGAAGCUCGACGAUGGUUUCUUUGAAAUCGAAGCUAUUCGGCGUAAACGGGUUCGCAAGGGUCAGCUUCAGUAUCUCAUUAAAUGGCGAGGCUGGCCAGAGACAGCCAACACGUGGGAGCCGCUAGAAAAUUUGCAGUCUUGUUCUGAUGUUAUUGAGGCAUUCGAGGAGAGGAUGCAAUCUGGAAAAUCUACUCGGAAAAGGAAACGCAAGUCUGCGGGCUCUAAUUCGCAGGGCAAGAAGAAGCAGUCUCGUGCUUCAUCUGCUAACAAUCUAACAGGUGAUGAUGUUAGUGCAGCUGACAGAAGUCUGCCCUCCACUUCUCUGAACACAUCCAGCCUUGCAAGUCUUAGAGCGCACACUCAUGAAGAAGAUAAUGAUGAAAAUGGCACCAAUAGCCAUGUUGCCACUCGAGCAGGCGAGAAUGGGUGCACUAGCCGCCCUAGAAAUGUCUUGAGUGUGAAGGAUGAUACUGAAUAUGAUCCAAAGCUUAGUGAGCUGAGAGGAACAGCACCAUCAAGUGAUGUUAACGGAGACAAGAUUUCUGUACAGUUAAUUGAUUCCAAGGCUCUUGAAGUUGUUGAGAAUGGGUCGUCUCUCAAGGUUGAUUCUGUAGACCCUGUUCAAACCAACCGUCGAAUAGGUGCUAGGAGAAGGAAAUCAGGGUCUGUGAAGAGAUUUGAAAAAGAUCCAGCCUCUUUUCAAGCUCCUCCAGUUGAUAAUCCAGUAUGUAACAUUUCUCUCAGCUGUGAAGGUGAGAUGACUGAAGGAUCCAAAAUCAUCAAGAUUCUCAAGCCGCUCAGCUAUUCAUCUACUUCAUUUGACAACAUUCAGGAUGUGCUGGUAACUUUUGCUGCAAUGAGGUCUGAUGGCAAGGAAGUAUUCGUGGAUAACAAAUUUUUGAAGGCUAAUGAUCCACUGCUGUUGAUCAAUUAUUAUGAGAAGCAUCUCAAGUAUAGUACAUGAAGGGGAAGGAGGGGGAAAUUUGAAGUCAAUCUCAAAUAUGAUAUGCCUUCAGUAUCUAUCAUUUUGUUUAUAAAUCUGUACCCUCAGGAGAACUAUGCAGGAUAACCAAAACAGCUUUAUUUUACCUAGCUCUAUAAUGUGAAGUGAUGAUAUAUUAACUCUGGUAUCAAUGUCUAUGUUGUUAUCAAGGCCUUUAUCUUUCUAUCUCUUCGUCUGCAUCAUGAAUGAAUUAUUAAGAUGAAGGGAAUAAGGAAUCUAGCCCUAUUUGUCCCUUUUUCCUCCAUUCAGCAGUAAAAUAAGAUUCUGUACGGUAAACACCUUCUGAUAGUGACCUUGGACUCCCAUUAGUUUGUUUCAUUAGCCAUGGAGGUAAGAUUCGUUGUUUUUUUUUUGGUUUUUAGGAGUCCAAACUAUGUAUUAAUUAUCAUGUUGCCAGAAUUUCAGAUUGUCAUUUCAACUUGCAGCAAACAUUGCCUCCUUUGCCUCCCCACUCCCUUCCCUCCUUCUGUCUGUGGAUAUCCUGAAACAGGGAGUGAAAUGAGCAGCAGCAGCAGCGGUCCGACACCAGUGCUACCUUUGCUGCUGGUGGGAGCCCCGGGAGUAGUGAUGGCAAUGGGUCGGGUUGGGGCGGGUUUUGUUAAAACCAAACCCAUGGGUUUAUCCGCCAAAAAAAUCCGGGGUAAAAUUCGUUGGGUUUGAAAAACUCAAACCCAAUCCGCUGGGUAUCCGCGGGUUCAUGGAUACCCGUGGGUUUUUGUGGUAAAAAUUUACGAUAACAAGUUUCUUUCAAAAUAAAAGUUUUAACAUUAAUUUUCUCAUACAAAUUAAUCAUACAAAAAAUACCAAUCUAGAGCAUACAAGCAAACCGCAAAUGAUCAAUACAAAUUGUUCAAAAUUAAAGAUAAACAUAUAUAAACAAUAAGAUUAAUUGAAAGCUUCUUCCUCGUCAACUAAGUUUCUUCACUCUCCACUUCAUAAUAUCAACUUCAUUCUAAACAAUUAGAAAGAACAAAUUAUACAUAUCUCCACAAACAUAUAAAAUAUUAGUUAUUUAAGGAAGAUAUAUUAUUUAGAAUAUUAAAUAUACCGGGAAAGUAAUUAUAUGUGUGUGGGCGGGUACCCAUGGGGCGGGUUUAUCUAAACCUGAAUCCAACCGAACCCGGUGAAUAGUGUAGCGAGUUUAAACUUGAACUCGGCCCAAAACCCGUCAACACGGGUUUUACCCGCGUUGACCGGAUUGGGUCGGGUGGAUACCCGUGGGUUCGGGUUUUGUUGCCAUCCCUACCUGGGAGUGGUGAUUCUUGCUCCGACGCUCAUGACAGCCUCGGAUGUGUUGCUGUUUCUGCUUCUGCCCAGCAGCAGUGGUGAGAGCUCUGGUCUGUCACCUUCGGUCUUGAUGGCGGUUCCCAUUUCUCUGGUACUGUUUAUGCAUUUGAUCUCGUGGUGGCUGCCCAUAUUAUAUUUGGAGUCUGCCGCGCCGGGAGAUGGCAGCGCCAAGGGUCACCUGCGUAUGGCGAUGAUAGCGAGAGUUAUACCUUGGGAGCAUUGAUUCUGAUACUCUUCUUCUUUGUCUUGUAUGGCCUCUUGAGCUGGUAAACAUGCCUUACAAAACAAGAUACAAAAUGGAAGCAGGGGAGGCGGUUAUGUUACUGUGUGGACGACUAUCGCCGGCAAAUUUUGGGUAGGAUGACGACGAGAUGGAUCAUUAUAAAAGAACGCCACAUUUUUAUAAGCGAGUUGGGGUUUUAAGUGAAAUCAUUGUUGGCUAUGAUGGAACUACUUUCAUUGUGUUAAAUUGUAAUUGAUGCAUCUGUUGUAAUUGCAAGUUGAGAAAUGAUGUUUUUUUUUAUAUUAUGAAAUUAAUGAAGAACGAUCUCCUGAAUAAGACUAAUGACCAUUU